AUGACUCUGAUCUGCGUCCUCAUCUGGACUCUCCUCUGCUGCUGCUUCACAGAGUCCAGAGGUCAGGUCACAGUGACUCAGCCUGGAUCAGUGACUUCUGCUCUGGGAGGCUCCGUCACCAUCAGCUGUAAAACCAGUCAGAAUGUUUAUGGCUCCAACUAUUUAGCCUGGUACCAACAGAGAGAUGGAGGAACUCCUAAACUGCUCAUUUAUUAUGCUACCACCAGACAAUCAGGAACACCAAGUCGUUUUACAGGCAGUGGAUCAAACUCUGACUUCACUCUGACCAUCAGUGGAGUUCAGGCUGAAGAUGCAGCAGUUUAUUACUGUCAGAGUCUUCACAACAUCAACAGUCAGUGGCCGUUCACACAUGCUUUUAACAGCAUCCAGCUGCUGCUGGGUGAGAAGCUGCAGGUGAUGGGUGUCAGCAGCUCGGUGAUCUCCUGGAGGACUGAAUACCUGACAGGCAGCACACAGUUUGUCCGUCUGGGCAGUGUUCUGUCUGAUGUGGUGGUUAGUGAUGCUGGAGCUCCUCAGGGGACUGUGCUUUCUCCGUUUCUCUUCACCUUGUACACCAAUGACUUUCAGUCCAACACUGAGUCAUGCCACCUACAGAAAUUCUGGGAUGACUCUGCUGUUGUCGGGCGUAUAAGAGGGGGAGUACAGGGAACUGGUGGACAGAUUCCUGGAUUGGACUGA